AUGGCUUUCGUUUCCAACGGAUCUGAGUACGACUUCGUCAUUGUCGGCGGUGGCACCGCUGGCAAUGCAGUCGCUGGUCGCCUUGCUGAGAACCCCGACGUGCGCAUUCUUGUUGUCGAAGCUGGUAUUCCCAACCCAGACCAGAUCGAGCAAAUUACCACCCCAUCGAAAGCUUUCACCCUGCGGGGAAGCAAGUACGACUGGGCCUACAAGACUACCAUGAUCAAGCGCGAUGACUAUGAACGUAUUGAGAAGCCUAACACCCGAGGAAAGACCCUUGGUGGCAGCUCCUGUGCCAACUACUUCACCUGGAUUCCCGGCUCAAAGCCUACCUUUGACGACUGGGAGGCUUUCGGUGGCCAUGACUGGAACUGGGACUCAUGUGUGGAAUACCUCCGUAAAUGCGCCACUUAUCACGACGACGAGAAGCUGUAUCCCACUGAGCUGAGCAAAAUUGGAACCGGAGGCCCUGUGCAGAUCUCUCAUGCCGACUUGGUGCCGGAGAUGAAGGGAUUCCGAGAUGCCCUCACUGAGGCUUGGGUUUCCAAGGGUCAGCCGCUGAGCGAGGAUAUCUACUCUGGCGAAAUGAAGGGUCUCACUCACUGCGUCGACACUAUCUACCAGGGUGAACGUCAAGGUAGCUUCCUCUAUCUGAAGAACAAGCCCAACGUGACCAUUCUCUAUGGGGUUCAAUCGAAGAAUCUCAUCAUCGACCCUGCCACCCACAUCUGCUCCGGUGUCAAUGUCAUCAGCUCGGCCACCGGCCACGAAAUCAGCGUCUACGCCAGCCGGGAGGUCAUUCUGUCUCAGGGUGUCUUUGAGACUCCUAAGCUUCUCAUGCUCAGCGGUGUGGGCCCGGCCGAGGAACUGGCCAAGAACGGCAUCACUCCUAUUGUGGCAUCGCCCCACGUCGGUCAGCAUCUUCUGGACCACCCAAUUGUGCCAUUUGUUUUGGAGGUCAAGGAGGGGUACAGUUUGGAUGACCAUGUCCUUCGCUCCGGUCCCCUGAACGACCAGGCACUAUCCACCUACCAGAAGGACAAGACUGGCCCUGCUAGCUCCGGAUUCCUGGAGCUUGUCGGAUUCCCCCGAAUUGAUGAACGCCUGGAGAAGUAUCCUGCCUACCGCGAGGCCAAGGCUGCCAACGGUGGACUGGAUCCUUUCGGUCCAGCGGGCCAGCCUCACUUCGAGUUGGACUUUGUCGGCUUGUUCAGCACUGCAUUCCAGUGGCAUUACCCCAUGCCUGAGAAGGGCAGCUACAUGACCUGCAUCGUCGAUCUUCUGCGACCCCUUUCUGAAGGUGAAGUUACCCUGAACAGCUCGAACGCACAGGCUCAGCCCAACAUCAACCUGAACUUCUUCGGCAACGACUUGGACAUUCUGGCCAUGCGCGAAGGUGUGCGCUGGACAUACGAUGUUUUGACCAAAGGUGCCGGAUUCAGGGACAUUGUUGUCUCCGAGUACCCCUGGAAGAUGCCCCUUGACUCAGAUGACGAUAUGAUCCGGGCCGUUCUAGAUCGCAGCCAGACUGGAUUCCAUCCUUGUGGUACAGCACGUCUCUCCAAGAGCAUUCACCAGGGUGUCGUUGACUCGAAGUUGCGAGUUCAUGGAGUGCGCAACCUGAGAAUUGCAGAUGCGUCUGUCAUUCCAGUCAUUCCUGAUUGCCGUAUUCAAAACUCGGUGUACAUGAUUGGCGAAAAGGGCGCGGAUAUCAUCAAAUCCGAGCACAAGGACCUCUACGAAUCGAAAAACAUUCCCUAUCUUGUAUCGAGCCGACUGUGA